AUGUCUGUCUUCAUCGACCUUCCCCACGAGCUCUCGGCUCCGGCUUCCGGCUUCAAGCCCGGCCAGUCGUCCGCCUCGGUCCUCUCGGCCCCCAAGACCCACGUUCUUCAGCCCGUCGGUCCCGCUUUCCUCGCCUACAAGCGUCGUCAGCUCAACAACCUCACCUUCGCCGAGGACGACAAGAUCAUUGGCGACUCGCUCGCUGCCGCUGCCGCCGCUGCUGCUGCCAACGGUGACGACGAUGCCGGUGUCGGUGACGAGGACGAGUCUGACGAGCUCCUCGCUCGCGACCCCAAGGAGUGGAAGACCCAGGACCACUACGCCGUCCUCGGUCUCUCCGCCCUUCGCUGGAAGGCCACUCAGGAGCAGAUCAAGAUCGCUCACCGCAAGAAGGUGCUCAAGCACCACCCGGACAAGAAGGCCGGCUCCUCCGGUCUCACCUCGGACGACUCGUUCUUCAAGUGCAUUGCCAAGGCGCACGAGGUGCUGAGCCACCCUGAGCGUCGUCGUCAGUUCGACUCGGUCGACGAGUCCAUCGAUGACGAGGCUGUUCCUUCUGGCAAGGAGCCCGCUGACAAGUUCUACGCUCUCUGGGGUCCCGUGUUCGAGCGCGAGUCCCGCUUCUCGGAGCCCAAGAAGGGCGCCGUCCCCCAACUCGGCGAUGCCAACUCGACCCGCGACGAGGUCAACGAGUUCUACGACUUCUGGUACAACUUUGACUCGUGGCGCUCGUUCGAGUACCUCGACAAGGAGAUCAACGAGGGCUCGGAUAACCGUGACGACAAGCGAUACACCGAGAAGAAGAACCGCAACGAGCGUGCUCGCAGAAAGAAGGAGGACAACGCCCGUCUUCGCAACCUGGUCGACAAGGCCCUUUCCGUCGACCCGCGAAUCAAGCAAUUCAAGGCGGACGACAAGGCUGCUCGUGAGGCCAAGAAGAACAAGGGUCGCCCCAACGGUGCUGCCGCCGUCGACCCGCGCAAGGCCGCCGAGGACAAGAAGAAGGCCGAAGAAGAGGCCAAGCGCAAAGCCGAGGAGGAGGCCAAAGCCGCCGAAGCGGAGAAGGCCAACAAGGCCGAUGCCAAGAAGGCCAAGGAAGCUGCUAGGAAGGCUAUCAAGAAGGAGAAGAAGGCCCUGAACAAGUUGAUUACAGACAACAACUACUUCCAGUCCGCCGCUCCUACUCCCCAGGUCAUCGAGGCCCAGUUGAACGAGCUCGAUGCGCUUUGCGACAAGCUCGAGGCGGCUAAGCUCGGAGAGUACAGGAAGAAGGCCGAGGCUGCUAGCGGCGCUGAUGCUGUCAAGGCCGAGUUCGUCGGUGCUGCCAUGGCCGCCGGGAUCGAGACUUCUGCCUUCGCUUGA